GUCCCAGGAUCCCUAUUGUUGCACGAGACCGCGAAACCUGGCGACCACCGAUUCGUGCAACCCUUGAUCAUUGCCGGUCAAAUGCGGGCUAGAAAACGCAAGUCAGAUCCGCUCUCGGAUCACGAGUCCAGUUCGGAUGACGAAGCCGAAAAACGCAGAAAGUUAAGCAGGCUCAAAUAAAUAUUUCAUUUCGAUUUCCAAGACGAGUUAUUUUUCUAUACCUUCCUUGCUUCUUAGGAUCGAUUUUUCCGAGAAAAUGAACCCAAGAAAAUGAACAAUUGCUUUGAGUUUGAGCUCUAAGAAAGUACAAUGCUGCGCCUCCAGUGAGGGAUCAAGUCUACAAUUUGUUAAAAGAAGUGGCGCCACGGCAACUAGCUGGCGGAAUUGUUGUUGGGUCGGGUUCUUCGGCUACAAGUAGUCCCUCAAGGUCCGCUGGGAAGAAAGUAGACUUUAGUAAGAAUCCUACUUCCGUGGACCCUUCUGUGGUUGUGGCAGGCAUCGUUGAGAAUUCUCCCCUGUUAGUGG